UCGCUGCCGCGGCGGCUACAUUGUAUCUUCCGCGUCCGGCCCUGCGCGGCGGCUGGGCGUGGAGUUCGCGGCUGGGUUCUGGCCCCGCUCCGCCGGGCUGCAGCGGGCGGGGGCGGUCGCGGUCUCUGCUUCGGGCCGCCAGCGCCUGCCUGGGCCCCGGGGUCCUUGCCCGCCUACGGCCGCCGCCGAGCGCAGCCAUGUCGGCCGGGGGCGGCGGGCUGGGGACCCCCCGGGCCCUGCCCUCCUCCGGGCCCCGGGCGCUGCGGGACAUGCCGCACCCGCUCGCCGCUUCCAGCAGCGAGGAGGCGGCCUCCGAGCUCACCCCCAGCCCGGACCUGCUGCUGCCCCGCAGCUUCGCUGACAAGGAUCUCAGUCUGCCCAAUGGCACUCCUGUAGAUACUUCCAGCCCAGCCUCCUCCUCCUCACUGCUCAACAGACUGCAGCUGGAUGACGACUUGGAUGGGGAAACUAGAGACCUCUUUGUCACUGUCGAUGAUCCCAAAAAACACAUCUGUACAAUGGAGACGUACAUCACGUACAGGGUUACAACAAAGACCACACGGGCAGAGUUUGACUUGCCAGAAUACUCCAUACGCCGACGGUACCAGGACUUUGACUGGUUGAGGAAUAAGCUGGAGGAAUCUCAGCCAACACAUCUCAUUCCCCCUCUUCCUGAGAAAUUUGUGAUGAAGGGAGUUGUUGAUCGCUUUUCUGAAGAAUUUGUGGAGACGAGGAGGAAAGCUUUAGAUAAAUUCUUGAAAAGAAUUGCAGACCAUCCAGUACUUUCUUUCAAUGAACAUUUCAAUGUGUUUCUCACAGCCAAGGAUCUUAAUGCCUAUAAAAAACAAGGAAUGGCGUUGCUCUCCAAGAUGGGAGAGUCCGUAAAAUAUGUCACAGGCGGUUAUAAACUCAGAAGUCGACCGCUGGAGUUUGCAGCCAUAGGAGACUACCUAGAUACAUUUGUUCUCAAGCUUGGAACCGUUGACAGAAUAGCACAGCGGAUUAUCAAGGAGGAACUGGAAUACCUGGUGGAACUGCGAGAGUAUGGACCGGUUUACUCCACCUGGGGUGGGUUAGAAGUGGAGCUAGCAGAACCUCUGGAAGGAGUGUCUGCCUGUAUCGGGAACUGCUGUACCGCUCUCGAGGAACUGAGUGAUGACAUGACAGAGGACUUCCUGCCUGUACUCAGAGAGUACAUCUUGUACUCGGAGUCCAUGAAGAACGUCCUAAAGAAAAGAGACCAAGUUCAAGCAGAGUAUGAAGCAAAAUUGGAAGCUGUAGCCUUGAAAAAAGAAGACCGCCCCAAGGUGCCGGCAGAAGUUGAAAAAUGUCAGGACCGAGUGGAAUGCUUCAAUGCUGACCUGAAAGCCGACAUGGAGAGAUGGCAGAACAACAAGCGCCAAGAUUUUAGGCAGCUGCUUACGGGAAUGGCCGAUAAAAACAUCCAAUACUAUGAGAAGUGCCUUACGGCGUGGGAGUCAAUUAUACCACUAUUACAAGACAAACCAGAGACCAAAUAAGAAGCUCCAUAGCCCACAGACUGCUCUACACAAGUGCACAGUACCACUAAACAACCUACUGGAGCUGUAUGAUGCACUACUUUGUUGAGAGUUACCUGAGAAAUGCCAGCUAUGCCUAGACUGGUACAGACCCAUUGAAAAGCAUUUGGACUUUUCCCUCUUUUUGUGUUAAGAUGUUUCAUCUUUUGAGUUACCGUAACGGUUCCUUCUCCAGCCUGUGGGGUGAUCGUGGGCUUGAUACACAGGGAUCAAGUCGCUUCUUGAUAAAGAAAACUUUACCUCUUUAUUCCAGAAGGAACUAAUGAGUGGAAUACUAAAACGAUGAAAAUAAAACUCUAAACUGCAAGGUGCCAAUAUGACAUCUUUAUUACCAUCCUCUUUGUUUGCUAAAUAAGGGUUGAUUCCCAUGAAACAGUGCCCACCAACCCACCCUUCUUUUUUGUGUGUUUUGUUUUUUUUUCUUGAUGGAGAGGGAAUGGCCAGAAGUGGACACUUACUACAAUUAGUUAACUCCCUGGAUUAAGCAAUUUUGGAGCUGAAUCUUUGUGUGGGAGUUUGGGCUGGUCCUAGAUUAGAACAUACUGACACUUCUGCAGAAAGCUCAUGAUGCAAGCCUGAACUGUGGUUCAUGUGUGUCAUGCACUCUGUUCGUAUUGAAUAUUUCAUACUCAUUUGUUUACCUUUGGUGAUAUGAAGUAAUGUAAGUUGGCUGAAGCGCACAUGUGACAGAUUUGGGGAUCAAAGGAGGACUGGCGUGCGUGGGGGUGGGGGUGAGUUUAUGAUGUAGCCUUACAAAGUGUGUGAUGGGAACAAACACAAGUCUGUUAACCUUUUAUCCCCAAAGCAAGCACAGACAGUUCUGUGAUAGGAUUCUUUGAUCCAUGCUUUCACUUGUUUUCAGACUAUAAGCUAGAUGGGAAUCCCUCUGAAUCUCCCUCUGGCCUUGAUCAUUUAAAACAUACCCAUCGUAGUAAGGAUGGGUUCUUGCUUUUUGCCCUUUUUCUUUCACAGCAGCCAAAACCCCCAAAGAGUCAAGUGCUUGCUGACACCAGGCAUCAUUGUGCAUGUGUGAAACUUGCCUUAAACAUGUCAAUGGCAGGUGAUAGAGGCAAUACCUUCUUUUCCCCAUUAUGUACAUUUAGUGGUCAUGCUUGUCUCUAUUGAUCCUCAUUGAAAGGUCGUCUUAAGAGUUGCCCUUUUUAGGUAUAAAUCUAUUUUCCUACCAGGUUUUGUCAACCUUAUAGUCUGCAGAAUCUUUUCCUUUCCGUAUCCAGUCUCUCCAGUUCACCGCCUUUUUUGCUCUUUAGUACCUGCCAAAGGAAAG